AUGAGUAGUGGCAGCAUCGUCCCAUUUGAGACGAGCGCUCUCCCUCCAGACCCGAGCAAAUUAACGGUAUCCCAGCUGAAGGCGUUCUGCAAGGCUCAGAAAAUUUCCGGUUAUUCAAAACUCGGCAAGGGUGCCUUGAUCCAGAGGCUCAAAGAGAGCGCUGCAAGCAGUGAUCUUGGCAUCUCAACUACGUCUUGUAACCUUCUUCUCCAACGCGAAGAAGCCAGGGAUGAAAACACACCUCAUGGCGAUCAUUUAGGUCUUCUAGCUGUUGACGUUGAACGAGGAAUCUGUUCCACAGGAGUUGCUAGUGAAAAUGCAAUCCAAAAUCCCCCCACAUGUCCUACCAAAAAUAGAAUAAAUCCACGACGAAAGAAACAGAACGGAAUGGUAGCGACUGUUGCGCAUACAUCCAGUUUUGUUCUGGAGAAUGUGACUCUAGAGGCAUCAUCUAGAAGUACCACGAGUGUAACGCCCGCAGUUGAUGGCCUAAAACUCAAGGAACCUACUUCUCGUCUGUCCGAAAGACCUUCUGCUUGUAGCCCACCUAUUGAUCCUUCUGUACUGCGCGCGCUGGUGACUACAUCACUCAAGCCUAGUCACUCUGUUUCUGCUUCUCAUGUGAUUCCUAAUGCGACCCCCACAGCAGUAUCACGGUCGACGAUAUCUACUGAAGUCCUAUCUGACUCUAGGUUUUCUUCCUCGCGUACGUUCACUAACGCUGCUCUCGUCAACCCUGUCACUGGUGAUAAACGAUUGCUUGGGGUUCCUUUAAACUCUGUCAAAAAGCGCAAGGUGAUGGACAGCAUUACUGCCUCCGGGACAUGCACUACCUCGGCUUAUCUGGCGGCAUCUUCAUUUCCGUUCAAUCGACUUAUCAAGCCUUAUAAUUUGUCUGUUCCGCUGCCUGGAUUUAUCCCAGCUGAUAUAAUCGCUCGCCAAGAACAAACUGCUUUCUGUAACUCGUCUGGCACAUCCAAAGCUCUUAGUACCAUUAAUCCGAUCUCUAGAACCCCUUCUACUGCUCAGCCCACUGGAUGGCACUUCAAAAAGCUGAUUAAUGACCGACAGCCUGCUCCGGCUUCUAGCUUCGCACAUGCACACACUGUCUCGUCGAUUCAUAACAGACCUGUGCAAGGCACUAAGCCUUCAGUCGACAAAAAAAUUCCCGUGCUGCGGUACCUCGAGUUUCCGAUUACCCCUCCGACUCCUUCGCUUGUGCCAAUAUUACUUCCGCCUUCGCUUUCCCAGAGAAAGCGAGUGCAGGCCUGGGCAGUCAUCCUUAGCGGACUGUCUAAUGAAGAGCGAACACAGUGUGCUCAGGUCUCGCGCAUGCUUCGCUAUGCAGUUUACUUGUCUGCAUCUUCUAUUCUGAGUCGUUACUACGGUGGAAGACGCUUCGAGCAAGAGGUGACUGACUGUUAUUCACAGGCAAUGAUCAAUAUGUGGCCAUAUUUGCGCCUCCGGAAGACUGAAGCGAUCCAGCGACUGCGUGUCUAUGAAAGAUCCUUCCUUCACAAUUUUUUUGAGGGGAAUGGUCUGUCAAAUCCUAUUGCAAUGCGUCUGUGGUCCAGCCCAGAUGAUGAAAGACAAAUUGUAAUAGCCCUACGGCUAUGGUUUGCGUUAUCGGUUGGAGAUGGAAACCACUGUGUAGCUGCUACACCACAACUGUGGGGUAUUAUAGCGGAUGUUCAGCCGGUAAUUAAGGGCGAGAUCUGGAGUAUCACUGUUGUAUCGCGGUCCAAAACGGUUUCCAUCAUGGAGAUUUUUUACGUUCUAGAAGCGACAUGCGAAGUUGUAGGACGACCAUCCCUAAUGUCCCCAAAGGGCAAUUCCGAUACUUUUGCUUCAAGCUUUUCAGAGUUAAGCACGCUUCCCAUUCGUGCCGACUGGUCCUCCUACAUUGAAGACCAUAUGUCACCUUCCAACUCUGGAUCAUCGUCCUCACUCUUGAGUCUGCUCAAAUGGGCAAAUCACGAAGAGUAUGAUCGUGCAAUUAGUCGACUUUGGCUUAAACGCAUCGUCGGCGAGGGCGCACUUGGGGAGGCAAAACGUGUUGUAGCUGAGCGUUACGUAUUUGCAUGUGUCGUAGCCAAUAGUAUUGGUGGGCAAUGGAUGACAGCGACGGCUAUGGCCCAAGAAUUUGCUGGGCUACCUGCGCCCAGAGUUGGUAAUCCUAGUGCAAAGCAGAGGCCAAAAUUAGUCAACUUGUACCUUCCUGAACAUCACCACAUCGAGAGCGUGUAUUUUACUGCGUCCGAAGGGCAGCAGCUGCAUGCAGCUCUGGCCGUAGUGCAGACACCUCACAGGUCGUAUUACAUCCUUCGAGAUAAUGGUAUGCAAGUUGGCUGCGAAGAAGAUGGGAUCGGCUUGCUUUGGCAGCAAUUGCUGGGAUGUGAUGCAUCAGGCGUCUGA